GUGAGUAACAUUGCCACUUGGAUUUAACUUAGAAAAUACAAAAUACAAAAGAAAAGGAAAAGGAAAAAGAACAUAAAAAUAAAAAUUCCCUAAAAAAUCUCCUCCCUACAUAUCUCUCUAUUUCCGAUCUCUCACUCUCUCUGCCUCUCAAAGUCCACCGGCCGGCAUAUGAAAUUCCCCUUGCCAUCUCUCUAAAUCCCCCUCGUCUUUGCACUUGCAUACACACCCCCACCACACCCACGAUGAAAUUUCCCGGCCUGGGUUCUCGUCUGUUUUUGGAAUUGGGAUGGAUUGCCGACUUGGAUCCUCCGAUUCAAAUGAACCCCUCAAUCGGAGCAUCGAGAUUCAAAGCGUCGUUCCAGAACUAUCAGUGGGAAGAGGUGGUGCCGGCAAACCGAGCUUGUGGUGAUUGUCAAGGACGGAGAAGAAGCAGAGGACUCCGAGAGCAGCCGAUUCUGGUUGCCAGAAGAGGAAUCGUUAGGGAUGCUUGGAGCUCCGACGAUGAUGAAUUCUACUACUUCUUUUGGCAUAGAUUCGGCUCCCAAAAUCCCGAGCUCUACCUUUUGGGUCGUGCACCAGUAGCAGCUCCAAUGGGGAAAUAUGGGAAGAAGAAGAUGUUGUACUUUGAGUUUUUUUGUUUUGGAAUUGGGAUGAUUUCUUUUGGGGUUUUCUGUUGAUUGAAUUGGGGGUUUUGUUGUUGGGGAGAGGAAGAUGGUUGCAUAAUCAGAUUAGGGGUUCUUUGGAUUGGAUUAUGGAUUUUUUUUGUUGGGGGUAAAAGGGGGCUAGAUUAGAGAGACGGGAGAAGGAGAGUUCUAACUCUACAAAAUUAUUGUUUUUUAAAAAUGUAAAAUAUGACGUGGCGAUUAUGUGACCUGUGAGUCUAGGUGGACAUGACAU